AUGGCUGKUUCUAUYAGAAAUAUGGAAGAAAUUUAUAAGAAAAAGAAGAAUUUUACAUAUAUUUCUCCAACACCGCCARCUGAACUCAUUCAUUCCACAAGCUACACAUUCGACUUUGCAGCUCGUAAGUUUAUGCAUAUCGGUAUUGACCCGUCUGAAAAAUUUCAAGUCACCGUUCAUUUAUUAACACCAUCGCGCCAUGUUAAAAUAACACCGGAUUUUCUAAAACGUAUAUUUUCGCCGAUGGGAAAUAUAUUAUCGUUUAUUUUGGAUAAACCACAAAAAUAUAAGCGAAAUUUAUUUCUGGAAACCGAAAUUAUUUCGCCGUCCAGUAUGGUGUACCAAGGGGAAAAUGUGCUUGUCAUCGAAUCAAAAACACAAACUGAAUGUCAAGUACUGUUAAAUCGGGAGGAUCUUAUUCAUGUUCAAUAUUUGGAAUGGUGCAUAUUUGAAACGAUUACACGAAAAACAAUUAUAACACAACUAGCCGUCUUAAAAAAAUUCGAUAUGUUUUUAAACUAUAUCAAUAUUGAAUCUCCAAAAGUUGAUUCACCACCGAAAACACCCGAUGAAAUGAUGACAUUUAUCAAAAAUAUACGMGACGAAAGUGUAAUUUCAAAAAUUCCAAAAAAUGAUAUAAAUUUCAUCUGUCAACUCAAAAUGUAUGCUUCAUCACAAUUGGCUGAACAAUGGGCACAACGAUGGAGUGGGGAAAUGUCACCCGAGUUAUUCACAGAAUCCGAAGUGAGGCUCAUUUCACCCUUAUCACCACCAAGAUACUCAUCCAUGUCCACGAUUUAA